UUCUCUGAAUUUGGUUCCUCUCCAAUUUGAACUUAGUCUGCCUUCCUUUUCUAGAAGUACAGAAAUUUCGAUAACAAUGUUAUCUGUCAUCUUGUAAACAUCUCUCCCUCAUGUUUUCACUUGGAAUGUCAGCAUUUUAGGACCCCAUCACCAAUCUCCUUCAUCCCCCCAUCUUCCAAUCUACUGCUCAUAAUACUCCAAGUGCUCCACUACCACUACCACCGCCUCCACUUUGUUCCACCACCAUGUCUUCCAAGUCCAAAUCUACUGUAUCUGAAACUCCUAAAAAGGCAGCAUCUGCUGAAACUCCAAAGAAAACAGCAGUAUCGACCCCGCGAGUGAGUAAACUGAGCAGAGGACUGGGUGCUAAAUCUGAAUCCGACUCAGCAUCAUCUCCUUCUCCUCUGCAAAACUCUUCCCGCCUUUCAAUUGAUCGCUCCCCGCGCUCUGUCAACUCCAUCAAGCCGACAAUUGAGCGUCGAUCCCCCAAGAUCGCCACCCCGCCGCCAACUGAAAAGCAACCCACCCGAGGCACAAAGGGGUCAGAAUUACAGGCUCAGUUGAGUCUUGUUCAGGAGGAUCUGAAGAAAGCAAAGGAGCAGAUAGAAGUGAUUGAAAAGGAGAAGGCAAAAGCAAUCGAUGAUUUGAAAGAAGCCCAGAGAGUGUCUGAGGAGGCAAAUGAGAAGCUCAGAGAGGCUUUGGUGGCUCAAAAGCGAGCCCAAGAGGAUUCAGAAAUUGAGAAGUUUCGUGCUGUUGAGUUGGAGCAGGCAGGAAUUGAAGCAGCCCAGAAGAAGGAAGUUGAAUGGGAGAAAGAGCUUGAAGCUGUUAGGAAUCAACAUGCCCUGGAUGUGGCUACUUUACUCUCUACUACUCAAGAACUUCAAAGGCUGAGGCAAGAACUGACCAUGACCUGUGAUGCAAAAAACCAGGCACUGAGCCAUGCUGAUGAUGCAACUAAAAUUGCUGAGAUUCAUGCGGAAAAGGUGGAGAUUCUCUCAGCUGAGUUGACCCGGCUGAAGGGCUUACUAGAGUCGAAGCAGGAAACAGAGAUUAGUGAAAAUAGCAAGAUGGUGCUUCAGCUUGAGUCAGAGGUGGAAUCUCUCAAGCAACAACUUGAGAAAGCAAAAGUUUAUGAGGAGAGAUUGAUGGAGAAAGAGACUUCCAUUGAACAGCUUAACGUUGAGGUUGAGUCAGCCAAGAUGGCUGAAUCUUAUGCUCGCAGUAUUGUUGAGGAGUGGAAACUUAGGGUUGAGGAAUUAGAGAUGCAGGUUGAGGAAGCAAAUAAGGCAGAGAAAUCUGCAUCAGAAUCUUUAGAUUCAGUCAUGAAACAAUUAGAGGGAAACCAUGACUUAUUGCACGAUGCAGAAUCUGAAAUUGCUGCUCUUAAAGAGAAGGUGAGUUUGCUGGAAAUGACAAUUGUACGACAUAGAGGGGAUCUUGAGGAAUCAGAACGCUGUCUUGGUAUGACCAAGGAAGAAAAUCAUGAAAUCACAAAGAUGGUUGAGUCACUUAAGUCUGAGCUCGAAACCGUGAAAGAGGAGAAAAUGCAGGCUUUAAGCAAUGAGAAGCUUGCAGCAUCAAGUGUUCAAAGCCUGUUAGAAGAGAAAAACAAACUCAUAAAUGAGUUGGAACAUUCCAGGGAUGAAGAAGAGAAGAGCAAAAAAGCAAUGGAAAGCUUAGCUUCAGCCCUACAUGAAGUCUCCACAGAAGCUAGAGAAGCAAAAGAAAAGCUACUAACUAAUCAAGCGGAGCACGAUAGUUAUGUGUCGCAGAUAGAAGACCUUAAAAUGGUCUUAAAAGCAACCAAUGAAAAGUAUGAAGCCAUAAUGGAUGAUGCAAAACAUGAAAUUCAUCUCCUUACGUGCAAUGUAGAACAAUGCAAGACUGAGUUACAGGAUGCGAAGGCUGACUGGGAGCAAAAAGAACUUCACCUGGUGAAUUCUGUAAAGCAUUCAGAAGAAGAAAACACUUCUAUGGAAAAAGAAAUAAACAGGCUGCUAAAUUUGCUCAAAAGCACCGAGGAAGAAGCUUGUGCCAUGAAGGAAGAAGAAGCGCAGCUGAAAGAUGGCAUGAAGGAAGUCGAAUCUGAAGUUAUCUGUUUGCAGGAAGCUCUUGCAGAAGCAAAGGCUGAGAACAUGAAACUAAAGGAAAGCAUAUUGGACAAAGAAAAUGAAUUCCAGGGUGUUAUACAUGAAAAUGAGGAGCUCCAGAACAGGGAGGCUGCAUCUCAUAAGAAGGUGGAGGAACUGUCAAAGCUACUUGAAGAAGCUGUGGCCAAGAAGCAAGCCGAGGAAAAUGGUGAGCUAACAGACAGUGAAAAAGACUAUGAUUUGCUUCCUAAGGUAGUUGAAUUCUCUGAAGAGAAUGGGCAUGGAAGAGAAGAGAAACUCAAAGUGGAGCUUUCACCACCUCAAAGUGUGGAACCGAAGAGUGAAACUUUAUGGCAAGAUAAUAACGUCUUGAAUGGCAAGGCUGACCAUGUGGACUCUGCUCAAUCUGAUACUCUGAAUGGGAAAUCAGUAGGUGAUGAAAGCAAAGAGAAAGAAGAUGAUUCAGUAGAAGUUGAAUAUAAAAUGUGGGAGAGCUGCAAAAUUGAAAAGAAGGAAUUCUCGCCAGAGAGGGACCAGGAGCAGGAAUCCUUUGAAGAGGAAGUGGACUCAAAGGUGGAUGGUGGUGAGAAAUUGGAUCAGAUAAAUGGAUUAACUUCUACAGAAAGUGCUGAUGACAAUGCAACUUCUCCAUCAAAGCUGCAACAACAGAAGAAGAAGAAGCCUUUACUCCGCAAGUUUGGAAGCCUACUCAAGAAGAAGGGCACUAGCAACAACAAGUAGAGAUACCCAGCUUUCUCUGAUCUGUGGCCAAUUAGCAGGCAAGUAUACUGGAUAUUGUUUUGCACCUAUUUGUGUCCUUUCAUAUUCUUUCAGUCCUGAUUUCUAGUAUAGGUUAAAAAUGAAGAGGUUUGCGUUAUCUUUAGGACUUUUUUUAAGUGAUUUCCCAUUUGGGCAGUUUCUUGUAUGUGAUGGAGAUUUAUAUUUUUUCCCUUCAUUUUGUUUCUCUUCUUGGCCUGAUAAGCUAGAUUUCAUGAAAUGGAGUUGUCAUAUGAACUUGUAUCUUAAUGUGAUUUCAUCUAAUGGGUAAAA